AGGACCCCGCUUGGCCUUUGGGGUAGCAGCCCGAGCCCUCUCUGCCGGCUUUCCCCCCCUUUGGGUCGUCCGAGAAAGGGUGGGGGGGAAGAAGCGAAGGAGAAGGGUCCGCCAGCCCGGAACCAUUCCCGACUUGGGGCCACCAUGGGAUGUACGCUGAGCGCCGAGGAACGGGCCGCCCUGGAGAGGAGCAAAGCUAUCGAGAAGAACCUCAAGGAGGACGGGAUCAGCGCGGCCAAGGAUGUGAAGUUGCUCCUGCUAGGGGCUGGGGAAUCCGGAAAAAGCACAAUUGUGAAGCAAAUGAAGAUCAUCCAUGAAGAUGGCUUUUCUGGAGAAGAUGUGAAGCAGUACAAGCCUGUGGUCUAUAGCAACACUAUUCAAUCCUUGGCAGCUAUUGUCCGCGCCAUGGACACGCUGGGCAUAGAAUACGGUGAUAAGGAAAGGCGGGCUGACGCCAAGAUGGUCUGCGAUGUCGUGAGUCGGAUGGAAGACACGGAGCCCUUCUCUCCAGAGCUGCUUUCAGCCAUGAUGAGGCUUUGGGCAGAUUCUGGUCUCCAAGAAUGUUUCAACCGGUCCCGAGAAUAUCAGCUCAAUGACUCAGCUCAAUACUAUCUAGACAGCUUAGAUCGAAUUGGAGCUGCUGAUUACCAGCCCACAGAGCAAGACAUCCUUCGAACCAGGGUCAAAACAACCGGCAUUGUAGAAACCCAUUUCACGUUCAAAAACCUCCAUUUCAGGCUGUUUGAUGUUGGGGGUCAGAGAUCGGAGCGCAAGAAGUGGAUCCACUGUUUUGAGGAUGUCACAGCAAUCAUUUUCUGCGUCGCACUGAGUGGGUAUGACCAGGUACUUCAUGAAGACGAAACCACGAACCGCAUGCAUGAGUCUUUAAUGCUCUUCGACUCCAUCUGUAACAACAAAUUCUUCAUUGAUACCUCCAUCAUUCUCUUCCUCAACAAGAAAGACUUGUUUGGUGAGAAGAUCAAAAAGUCACCUCUGACCAUCUGCUUCCCUGAAUACACAGGACCCAACACGUAUGAAGAUGCUGCAGCCUAUAUCCAAGCACAAUUUGAAAGCAAAAACCGUUCGCCGAACAAGGAGAUUUAUUGUCACAUGACCUGUGCAACAGACACGAACAACAUCCAGGUCGUAUUCGAUGCCGUCACCGACAUCAUCAUUGCCAAUAACCUACGAGGCUGCGGCUUAUACUGACCCCCCCCUCCCUCCUUUCUCCCUCCCAUCCUGUAUAGCAAGCAGCAUAUUUGGAAACAAUCACAGCGAGAGGAAAAAAAUAUAAUAAAAUAUUUGAAAAAAAGGCAAAACCAAGUACGAGUCUCACACACACACACACACACACACACUAAAAAUGAACCAUGCAAGUUGGUAAAUAAAAAGGUAUAAUGAAUAUACAGACAGACGCACACAGACAUACACUUUUUUUUUUAAGUUUGCCUCAAAGCGUUCCAAUGUCCCUAUCAAGAACUUAAUUCUUCUUUCCUGUUUAAGUAACUUAAUGGCAGAUAAUUCAGCCUCCUUUUUUUCCUUCAGGAAAUAUAAAGGAGAAAUAAUAAUAAUAAUAAUAACCAAGUGAUAAACCAAGAACCACUUAAUUUUUCUAAAAUGUCUAGCUGUAUCUUCAAAGAAUGUACUAUCCUGCAAGUUUAAAAAGGAAUCGGUUUUCUUUAACCAAAAAAAAGUAAAAAUAAAAAGUAGCAAUGUUAUUUUUUAAAGUCGUUUAUACGUAGGGUGCUUUAGGGAAAAGGCUUUUUUUUCCUUAGUUCUAAAGGAUUUUUAAAGAUACCACUAUCUGUGGAAAUGUUUCUUCAAGGUAUGCUAUCACAAGAGUUCCCAGUUUGUUGGCUACAUCAGCUUUUGAAGGGUUAGAACAAACAAAGGCAAAGCAAACAUUGAAAAAACUUGCACGAAACACAGGCUUCCCUUCUUCCGCUCCGUAAACAGACCACCGGACAGCCCCCCACCUCACCCCUACCCCUUGCUUGUUAGGAAUCCCUUCUUUGUGGAAUGCAGUUAAUUCCUAAGCUAAAGUUGAUAAAUUUGGUGCUUAGUUUGUUUCCUGUUUUGGUUAACAUCCACAUGGGUGACCAAGAAAGAGAAAAGUUCCAUCAGCUAAAACAUUGGCCCCUUAAAGCGAGGAGAAGACACUCACCCUUGGAUGUAGGGCCAAGUUCUUACCAAGGAGAAAUGCAUCACAAAGUUAGUAAGAAACUUAUUAUUUGGCUGCACUUUGGGGAGGGUUUUUUUUAGUGCUUCUCCUGGGUUCCCCCAUCCAUGCACACAGCCUAGUAUUUGUGUUCAGGCCCAAACCAUCUUUUAACUCUGUCUCUCUAGAAGAGACUUUCUGCUCCCAUCCUCCAGCCCCAGGAUGACACAGGCUUUUUUCGUUGCCUUGAUGUCCUGCCAUGUUGGAAUCACGGCUAGGAGUUUUAGGAGAUGCUGUGAAACGGGGACUUUACCCAACUCUUGAUAUUUGGGAGGCCCAACAAGCCAACCCCAGAAAAAGCCAUUAAAAAGAGAACAUGAAAUGGAAGAUUUGCUCACCCAGCACACUGGGGAAGAACGGAAGGAUUGCUCACGCCCUUUCCACAGACAGACACAAACAACGCCCAAGCAGACAUUCAUAUAUACACACAGACUUACCUACAUCCCUUUGCUCACUCACUCACUCUCUCCACACACACCAACACACCAAUGUGGUGAACUGAUCCUAGGGAAGGGACCCUCCCUUGGAGGUGGUUGCAGUGGCCCAAUCAGAGCCUUGAUGGUUACAAGAGGCAACCUUGUUUUGCUUUGGUGAACAAGCUAUUUGGAAACAGCCAGGGAUGCUCCGGAGUUGCCUGCCUCGUAACGGGUCAGUUUGCGUGUAUGCACAAUACGGCUAAAGACCCAGAAGUUAUGGGAUUCUUGGUCUUGCCUCCCAAUCCCCCUUCCCUAUCAUAACAGGUGCUGUUUUUCGUCCACGGGGCAUGGGGAAAGGGAGGCCCAAUGACCAACGCAUCUCUCUCAUCCUGGUGGUUAACUGGAAAGUUGAUCGUGAUAUGUUUAGAUGCACAAAGAUGGCCAGGGAACACCAAUGGGAAAUAUCCAGGUUUAUUUUCAUAGUCAGAUCAUUGCUAUACAUAUUUGCAACUCCCUCCUCCCCCACCACCAUGAAAAUCCUCCUGAGAGCCUCUUGUGUACAAUCAUCACAUUAGGACAGGCCAACAGGACAGGCCAACAAAAUGGGAUACAUUCCUUUGGGGUUUCAUCAUGAUCGUUCUGCUUCGUCUCGUUUACUCUCUGGUUUUGUAUUUAAUUUAUAUAAAAAGCACAGCUGCCACGGGUCUCAAGGGGCCAAAAUUAUCUCUGUGAUCUUGUUUUGAUGUUUUUCCUGCUCCAAGGGACUCUCUGUAUCAUAUACCCAUUUUCAGUCUCUUUUUGAAAUGGGUUAAGUUGGGUGGGGAGGAUUGUUUUUUUAAUCUGCCCCCUGAAUUUGAUUUCGUUUUAUUUAAAGUUUCCAUACUCCCUGUGAAUCCAUUUCUUCAUGAUGCUUUUGGUUCCCUUCUCCUCUUCCAGUUCUUACGUUUGGUGGUGAUAUUCCUUAAUUGUUUUCCCCUCCCCUCUCUCUCAUGUGGGGGUGUUCGUGCUGCAAAAACAAACAAAAAAAAAAGACAAAAAAACUAGGAAAAAACAAUAUAAAAAUUAAAUAUCUACAUAAAAAGCAACAAAAAAUGAAAAAAAAAUAUGAAAAAACAAAAUCGAAUGUAGUGUUUAUAUUAUUUAAAAAGCCACCAUUUUCAUGACCAAUGUUUUGUCAUUUCUUCUCUGAUUAGCAGAGGUCUUCACCUUUCACUUUUAAGAAGUACCUUUUCUGGAAAAAGCCAAUUGCACCCUCCUCAAUUAAAAUCUGGAACAAAUAGAGAAGAAAACUAAAUACACACAUACACACAAACACAACCUAUACACAUCUCUAAAAAUGCCAGAUCUUUCUAAGCCUUUCUAUUACCAAUUGGUGAGGUUUCUGUGAUCUAUUAGACACUGCCAAUUUCUUUCUCUGACUAAUGGAAAAAUUCAUGUGUAGCUUAAUAAAGAGAAUGUUUGUCUGUA